GGUUGUAUGCUAUUCAUCGUCAUUGAGCACAUACCCCGGCUGCGACACCAUCAUGUCGACGACUACAGCCGUCCAGCUCGAAGCCUACGGCAACGGCACAACAUACGAACCCACCACCGCCUCAAUCCUCCGCCCAACAAGAGCCGGUCUCGCUGAAAACACGUCCCCAAGCAGCCAUGACUCAGAUGACCCAGCACUCGAGGCUUCACGCAUCGCUGAUAGCACCGUCCCCGACGGCGGCUACGGCUGGGUCGUAAUCGGUGCCUGCGCCGUCGUAGCAUGGUGGGUCAUCGGCCUCAGCUACGUCUGGGGCGUGUAUCAAAACGCCCUCGUGGAGCGAAACGUCGGGUCUCCUCUGGCUUUAUCCUUCUGCGGUUCCUUAUCGCCUGCUUUGAUGGCGACUGUUGGGGUUAUUGUGUCGAGAAUGCUACGGACGUUUGGGACACGGAAACUCAGCAGCGUGGGGAUCAUUCUCAUGGCGCUUUCGCUCAUUGGCGCGAGUUUUGUUACGGAUCAUCUCGUUGGAUUGAUUUUUCUUCCUGGUAUUCCUCUUGGCCUCGGUAUGGCUGGUUGCUUCAUGUCGUUCUCUCUCGCUCCGGCGCAGUAUUUCAUGAAGAAGAGGGGUCUGGCGAAUGGUAUCGUCUAUGCAGGCGGUGGCUUUGGAGGCGCGAUUAUGAGUAUUGCGACCAAUUCUCUUAUUGAGAAGCAUAGCGUCGAAUGGGCCUUUCGCAUCACUGGCAUCCUCAUCGCUGUUUCGGGACUCCCAGCUGCACUUCUGAUUAAAGAGAGGGUACCUUUGGCCAAGACUGGAAUCGUUGACUGGAGACUCUUUCGACAGCUCAACUUUGCAAUCCUCUUCUUCGCCGCUGGCAUCGGUAUCUUCCCUCUUCUCGUCCCACCUUAUUUCCUACCCCUCUAUUCUCGAUCUAUGGGUCUGAGUACAAGCACUGGUGCUGGACUCGUCGCAGGCUUCAGUUUUGCAUCUGCUGUAGGAAGAAUUAUGAGUGGAUAUCUCUGCGAUAAAUUCGGCCCGUUGAAUACGCUUGCGGCAUUCUUCCUCGGUAACUCACUUACCAUGCUUGCCCUCUGGCCUGCAUCAACCACUCUCGCGCCCCUUGCUGUCUUCGCAGUGCUCAAUGGGCUGAUGAAUGGUGGAUUCUUUGCUUCCAUGCCAACCGUUGUCGGUAACGUCUUUGGUUCUGCUCGAGUGUCAACAGCUAUGGGUAUGGUGAUCGUUGGCUGGGUUGCUGGCUACCUCUUCGGAUCUCCUAUUGCUGGUUUCCUUCUUCAAGCUCAUGGAGGUGCAGAUGAGGGGCUGGGCGCAUAUCGACCUGCCAUGUUCUACGCUGGCUCCAUGUCAGCCAUCGCUACUGUUCUGACUGUUAUCCUACGGCUGAGAAUCAACAAGAAAUUAAUGGCAAAGGUCUAGCCUGUCAGUCUUUAGAUGGAAUAAAGAACAUAGAUAGAGGAGAGGGUCCCAGGGCUCACUGCGGCGGUCAGAUAACUUGAGGUAUAAAUAAAUGUUAACUAGA